AUGCAGGGGAAGGACUGCGUCUACAAGCAAGAGACGCCACAGAGGAGACCGACAUUAGCACGCAUUCACGAGCUGCAGAAGCAAAACUCGGUGCUUGAUGCUUUCAUCUCCAAGCUCAAAUCUGCGUCACCCACAAAACGAGAGAGAUUGUUGACGUCGGUGACCAUGUGCGACGGGCAUGUUCGGUUACCGGAUGACAGCAGCGAAGAGCGCACCACUGAAACUCGAUUUUCACCUCAACCUCAACUGGCUGUACCGUCAGCAAACCAGGAUGCUGCGCCUAACAUUUCACACAGGCUGCGGCGCCGCAGCAGCCUGGGGAGUCUGGAAGAUUCAUCCGACGAAGAAUUCGAUAUCGGCCCUUUCCUUUCUGUUGAUGAGGCGGGGAAGCCCAGCAGUUUUGGACCUUCGUCCGCUCUCCACUAUCAUCCAAGAUCCGGUAGCACCUCUUUGCAAUCAGCUGCCUCUCUGGCGAGAGAUCAUAUCAGGAACUGCUUGAUUGCUGAAGCUGCCCUUCAGCGACAGAACGAGCGCCACUUGGCUUUGCUGCCCGACGUCCACGGGGUGCCCACAGAGUUGGCCAUCCAUUUACUUGAAUUACACUGGAGCCGCCAACAUCACACUUUAUUACUGACCUACCGACCUGCCAUUAUAAGAGAUCUUCUGCGAAACGGACCUCAUUGUUCGAGGUUCCUGCUUCAUGCGAUAUUUGCGUGUACAAGCAAGUUUUCUGCCAGAGUAGAGGUCCGAGAUGAUCCUUCAGAUCCUUCAACAGCAGGUCGGCGGUUCUUCCGGCGUUGUGAUGAGCUCCUUGCAGAAGAUUCCCUUCUAAUAUACCCCAAGUUGCCUACGGUGGUUGGACUUCUGCUACUAGGAUCGAGCUACAAUGCCAAAGGCGAGACCUCAAAAGGCUGGUUGUACACGGGCUAUGCCCUGCGCAUGGUCUAUGACCUUGGUCUCCAUCUCGACCCGAAAGAGACCAGCGACUCUCCAGAGCAGGUGGAGAUACGUCGGAGGGUCUUCUGGGGAGCCUUUGUCUCCGACAAGCUGCAAAGUCUCUAUCUUGGACGUCCCGCGGCCAUCAAUCUUCGUGACUCGCAUGUCUCGCGAGACUUCAUGGACACUCUUGAAGAGCAGGAGCUAUACGUGCCGUACAAAGAUCCCAAGUACCCAAGCCCUCAGACUACUUCGCCAUUUCUUGGCCUUCCUAUUUACUCGGUCUCGACCUUCCAACAGCUUUGUCUGCUAUCAAAAAUCAUGACGAAGAUCAUCAACACGUUCUACGUGGUUGGAGCGACACCUCGUAACGCUCAGGCCAGUCUGCAGCUUGUCGAUAAUGCGUUACAAGCGUGGAGGGAGAACUUGCCGACAAAUCUGGAUUUCCAGCCGCGGCUCUUGCAGUCCGAUCCGACAUCGUAUCCUCCUCCAAAUCUAAUGAAUGUGCACGCACUCUAUCAUUCCUUGCUCAUUCUCCUACACCGACCGUUCAUAUCGGAUGGACAUUUGCGCUCCACCGCCACUCCGUCGCUGUCUUGGGGUCGCUGCACGUCGGCUGCACGAAGCAUCACGAGCAUUGCACUGGCCUGGAAAACUGCAUACAGUCUGAGAGGCGCACCGUACUUGUUGAGCUAUGCCAUAUACGUUGCUUGCACGAUCCACGUUCGCAACGCCGCAGCCGAUGCAUCAAGCGGCAACAACAGAGAGCAUACCUCCCUGCUUGCGGCAAGUUUGUCCUGUCUUGAACAGCUGUGUCUUGCCAACCCAGGCGUUUCUAAGCCAAUGAAGAUCAUACAAAGAUUGAUGGAGGCCAGCAAGAUUGUGUUGCAGCCAGAGGAAACUAUAUAUCCCAGCUACUCGCCGUCAUCGUUUGACUUGGACACGAUCUUCAGCAUGUUCCCCCCGAGAACUGUAACGAGCUCAAACGUACAGUACUCGGGUGAAGUAAUCUUUGACUCUGACAUUCCUGAUGAUCCGCUCUUCGGACUCAUGGACGAGCCCAUGUUGCCUUACACGGAUAUGUCUGACAACUUCUUCAAUGGCACUAGAGCAUUUUAA